AUGUCAGCUCAAGAAAUGCACAAUGCAUUACAAGAAUUUGUAGAUAAUGGUGAAUUAAAUUCUAAUGACUUACCUAAAGAAUCUACUAUCAAGAACUGGAUUAGUAACUUCGCUAGCAUAUGGAAAAAAGA